AAGAGAGGUUAACAAACAUACACAUACACACAAGCAUAGACAAUUCGUAUGCUAUUGACAAUAACAGUAGCAUAAAAUAUGAAUAAUCCAAUGAAAAUGCACAAUUCACUAAUACACAGUUUCAAUGACCAUAAAUGGACAUAGUUAAAUGGUACAGGAAAAGAAUAAAUUGUGCUACAUAGUUGAUAUACACAUUAGUAUUCCUCUUCUUUUGGACGAGUACACUAUCACCAGUUUGAUAAAUCACUAUGGCUGACGAAGAAGUUCAGGCUCUUGUUGUAGACAAUGGAUCGGGUAUGUGCAAAGCUGGAUUUGCUGGUGAUGAUGCACCGAGAGCAGUAUUUCCUUCAAUCGUUGGACGACCUAGACAUCAGGGUGUCAUGGUCGGUAUGGGUCAGAAAGACAGUUACGUCGGCGAUGAAGCACAAUCGAAACGUGGUAUCCUCACUCUGAAGUAUCCAAUCGAACACGGUAUCGUGACCAACUGGGAUGACAUGGAGAAGAUCUGGCAUCAUACAUUCUACAAUGAAUUGCGUGUAGCUCCAGAAGAACACCCCGUCCUCCUCACUGAAGCUCCAUUGAAUCCGAAAGCCAAUCGUGAGAAGAUGACACAAAUCAUGUUCGAGACAUUCAACACACCAGCCAUGUACGUCGGUAUUCAAGCUGUGCUGUCAUUGUACGCCUCCGGUCGUACAACUGGUAUUGUCCUCGACUCAGGUGACGGUGUCACUCACACUGUGCCCAUCUACGAAGGUUAUGCUCUGCCACACGCCAUCCUGCGUCUCGAUCUCGCUGGUCGUGACUUGACUGACUACCUGAUGAAGAUCCUGACGGAACGUGGAUACAGUUUCACCACGACGGCUGAGAGAGAAAUCGUGCGUGACAUCAAGGAGAAACUGUGCUAUGUGGCUCUCGACUUUGAACAGGAAAUGGCUACCGCCGCCUCCAGCUCAUCUCUCGAGAAGAGCUAUGAACUUCCUGAUGGUCAGGUCAUCACCAUUGGCAACGAACGUUUCCGUUGUCCAGAGGCCCUGUUCCAACCCAGCUUCUUGGGUAUGGAAUCUGCAGGUGUUCAUGAGACUACCUUCAACUCAAUCAUGAAAUGUGAUGUGGACAUUCGUAAAGAUCUCUACGCUAACACAGUGUUGUCAGGUGGUACAACGAUGUUCCCAGGUAUUGCUGAUCGUAUGCAGAAGGAGAUCACUGCAUUGGCACCGAGCACAAUGAAGAUCAAGAUUGUUGCCCCACCUGAGCGUAAAUACUCUGUCUGGAUUGGUGGUUCCAUAUUGGCCUCAUUGUCCACUUUCCAACAGAUGUGGAUUUCCAAACAAGAAUAUGAUGAAUCUGGUCCUGGUAUUGUUCACCGUAAAUGCUUCUAAUUUACUUCCCAUAUCGUGAUAGAAAUUAAUUAUGCACUUGUCCUUAUAUAAUAUUUAUGUUGCCUUAUCAACCCAAGAUAAAUUAUCUCUGACCUGCUU